AGCAGUAAACAUCAGCAACAUUGUUCACAGUGAAUUGUUUAGGUAAAGUUGUUUAAAUACCGAGACCUUUUGUGAACUUAUAAAUUUAGAGAAUUUUACCUUGGACUCUGAGAGCCGAAUUGUACUUAUUUUACAUUUUAUCUCAGUGACCUGCCUACAUACAAUGAAUUAUUAAAAUGAAGUGCCUCGAAAAAAUACCUACUUAUGAUAAGGAUAGAUUACGUUCAGUAGGUAAACCUAAAACAAACACUAAUUUUUAUCAGUUUGACUAGAGCGCUGAGGACGGUGGAUUUUAAUUACCUCACUACAUUUUGUUUAAACAAUUUGUAUAUACGAUAUUCAGGGUCGAAUCGUGUGAAUGUGGUAUUUUCGGUGUCUAAGUGAUAACGUGAUACGUUUUCAACAGUACUGAAUGCACUAACGUCAUUACAUUUGGACUAAAGUGCUUCACCAACGAAAUUGCUGCCUAAAUAAUUCUCUGAGAUGAUCUGCAAUUUCCGUAGAAUCGUAAAAUCCAUAUAUAAACAAAUUGUGCUUUAAUUUUGACAUUGUCUUUUUACGCGCAGACCCAAGAAUCUCAAUUUAGCGAUGUGCGUAUUAACAAAACCAGUUGGACAAAUAGACGCCAACUGUGUCACUAUUAGUCUUGAUCAGUAAGGUUUAAAACAAGGAUAUUAAACAAUUAUGAAUAGUGCCAAAAAUAUAAGACGCCAACAGAAUCCUCGACAAAAUGCCAACCUCUUCUCCGCAGCUACUUUCUGUUACACUUGGCCAACAUUCAUUAAGGGUAGUAAGGUACCCUUUGAAGAAGAUGAUCUGUAUCAAACGCUCAGUGAACACCAAUCCGAAAUGUUGGCAAAUAAAGUAGAAGCCCAUUGGAAAAAUCAGGAAUCAUUGACUAAGGCGUUAAUUUCAGCGUUUGGUUUCGAAUUUCUUACAUUGGGGUUGAUUCUGGCAGCAUCUGAAUUAGUACUUAAGCCGGCGCAAGCUGUAUUUCUCGGACGUUUGCUAUUGUACUACAUGCCUGAUGGGGAUUCGCAAGUAACACUGUUUGAAGCCCGCAUGUAUGCUGGAGGUAUCGCUCUAAUGUCGUUGCUAUAUAUAUGUAGCUUUCAUCCACUCACCGUAAAUCUACAAUUAGUAGGUUUAAAAGCAAAGAUCGCCUGCAGUUCGUUAAUAUACCGAAAGGCCUUAAGAUUGAAUAGUGGAGCUUUUAACAGCACAAGCGUCGGGCAAAUUGUUAAUUUGAUCUCUACAGAUGCACCAAUGUUCAUUCCCAGUGCGUUCACACUACACUACCUAUGGAUUGCUCCAGUGCAAUGCGUUAUUGUCACAUAUCUAAUGUACCAGGAGGUUGGCUUUUCGUCCAUUGUUGGCGUUCUGUUGCUAUUUCUUCUUAUACCAAUCCAUCAUUUAUUGGGUAAAGCAGUGUCUAAAUUUCGAUGGAAGGCAGCAUCACGCACCGACGAUAGGGUGUCUUAUAUGGAUGAGAUUAUUUUAGGAAUCAGAGCGAUUAAAAUGUACGCAUGGGAGGGGUUAAUUAAAAGUGCUUUGGUUUCGCUUCGCAGCCUUGAGGUGAAGUAUAUACGGUUUUCAAUGUACCUUAAAGCGGCCAACAUCUCGUUCGAUGCACUGACUAUACCAAUCGUUAUUUAUGUAACUAUGAUGGUGUAUUUGUCGUACGAUGAGAUAAGAGCGGAUAAGGUGUUCACAUUGAUGAUCUUCUAUAACUCGUUAAGAGCAACCAUGGCAGCCACAUUUCCCCACUCAAUCGCCUUUCGUGCUGUUGCACUGGUUUCACUAAGGCGCAUUGAAAAAUUCCUGAACAGCCCAGAAAUUGAGAUGGAAAGCAUCGAAGGCACAACGGACCUGAUUGCUGUUAGAAUUGUGGAAGGAUAUGCAAAAUGGAAGGAAGAUCUUACUUUGCAAAACGUUAACUUAACGGUGAAACCAAGUACUCUUGUUGCUGUUAUUGGCGCAGUCGGUAGUGGAAAAUCUAGUUUACUAAGUGUUAUGUUGAAAGAACUGCGCUUAGUUUCGGGAAAAAUUCAUGUAAAUGGUCAAAUCAGUUAUGCCUCCCAGGAUGCUUGGCUAUUCAGUGGAAGCAUUCGCGAUAAUAUUCUCUUCGGUGAAAAGAUGGAUACCAAGCGUUAUGAUGAAGUAAUGCGCGUAUGCGCUCUCGAAGAUGAUUUUGGUUUAUUCCCGAUGGGCGAUCAAACCAUGGUGGGCGGACGCGGUGCUUCUUUGAGUGGGGGUCAAAAGGCAAGGAUAAAUUUGGCACGCGCCGUUUAUAGAGAUGCCGACAUUUACUUACUGGAUGAACCUUUUGCCGCAGUUGACGCACGGGUUGGUAAACAAAUCUUUCAAGACUGUAUUAAAGGGUUUCUGAAUGGAAAAACUGUAUUGCUAGUUACGCAUCAACUGAAGUAUGUGACGGAAGUCGAUGAAGUAAUUGCAGUGAGUAACGGAACAGUUAUUUCUCAAGGUUCAGUUUCCCAGAAUGAGGUGCAGGGUCAAGAAAACUUUACUGAAGACACCGGGAAACAACACGAGCAAAGUCAAUGGAUGGGCAGAGAAUUAGAUGACAUCACCAAAGAACAGAAAUCUAUCGGAUCUGUGUCAAAUACUGUAUACAGAAAGUAUUUAACAGCCAACGGAUUUAUAAAUCUUGUCCUAGUUGUGAUCCUAUUCAUAAUUGCGCAGGUGCUGAUGAGCAGUGCACCUUACUUCUUAACGCAUUGGGUAAAUACGGCUCAAAUGGAACGCACUCGUAACUCUUCUCAUGUAUCACCAUACGAAAUGUACUCCAAGACAACGUACAUGUACAUUUAUUCUGCUAUAACUACUGCAAGUAUCGUUAUAGUUUCCUGGCGGUCAUAUUCGUUCUUUUCUUUAUUAUUAAAGUCUUCCCAAAAAUUGCACAAUAACAUGUUUAACAAAGUGAUUGGUGGAACCAUGCACUUUUUCAAUACGAAUUCGCAAGGAAGAAUCAUAAAUCGUUUUUCACAGGAUAUCGCUGCCGUUGAUACUCAAUUACCUAACAUUGUAAUCGAUACGACUCAAUUACUACUAGCUGCACUUGCUGCAGUUAUACUUGUCACAGUUGUAAACUACUGGCUUGUCAUACCUACAGUCAUAAUAUCCAUUAUUUCGUAUUGCUUAAAAAGGUUUUGUCUCUUAACGACUAGAAACGUAAAACGGCUGGAGGGUGUAACGAGGAGUCCCGUUUUUGAGCACUUGAGUGCAUCACUGCAGGGCCUUAGUACUAUUCGAGCUUUUCAAGCUGAAACAAAUUUAAGGGAGGAAUUUUAUUCGCAUCAGGAUUUGCACAGUUGCUGCUACCAUUUGUUUGUGACCACCUCGCAAGGUUUCGGAUACUUCCUAGACUGUUUCUGCUCAAUAUAUAUCGCCAUCGUGACACUGAGCUUCGUUAUUUCCGACAAUGAAGCGCUUAGUGGCGAUGUGGGAUUAGCGAUAACUCAAUCGAUAUCUCUAAUGGGAUAUCUCCAAUGGGCAGUGCUACAGACGGCGGAACUUGAAAAUAACAUGACAUCUGUGGAACGCAUUUUAGAGUACGAUGCUAUCGAACAAGAAGACAGCUCGGGUGAAGAACCGCGCAAAACGUGGCCGGAAUCCGGAAGAAUACUUUUUCAAGCCGUUUCCCUUAAGUAUUCCCUUCACGGAGCUCAUAUUCUCAAAAAUUUAAGUUUUGAAAUAAUUCCAAAAGAGAAAAUUGGGGUUAUUGGAAGAACUGGUGCGGGAAAAUCAUCAAUUGUCAAUGCUCUUCUUCGACUAAGUUACACAUCCGGAAAUAUUUUAAUCGACAACGUAGAUAUAAAAACUGUGAGUUUGCAAACGUUGCGAUCAAAGAUAUCAGUCAUUCCUCAAGAUCCCACGCUGUUUUCUGGUGCCUUACGAAAGAACUUAGAUCCGUUCGAAGAGUACGACGACGACACCAUAUGGAAUGCCCUUGAAGAAGUUGGGCUAAAAAACUUCAUUGCAUCCCAACCACAAGGAUUGUAUUACUCAAUUAAACAAGGUGGGGCAAAUAUAAGCGUAGGUCAACGCCAGUUGCUGUGUUUGGCACGUGUUGUUUUACGUAACAGUACCAUAUUAAUCAUGGACGAAGCAACUGCGAAUAUUGACUUGGAAACUGACAAUUUAAUACAGAUGACAAUCAGGGCGAAGUUUGAGAAUUGUACAGUACUCACUAUAGCCCAUAGAUUACAAACAGUAUUAAACUCUGAUAGAGUUCUAGUUAUGAAUGCCGGUGAAGUGAUUGAGUUUGAUAAGCCAUCAGUGUUGCUUAAUAAUACUAACGGAUACUUUUACAACAUUUUACACCAAAUGCACGAGAAUAAUAAAGUUUAACAGUUUGCUAUAAUUAGAUUAAUCAACUGUAAAUUCAAGCUACAGUGGCCUCGCUAAAAAAUCCGUCUCAUUGGAAUACUACAGAAGUAAUCCUCAUUCGGAAAUAGGCGCGUGUAUUAAUUUCUUGGAUGAAUC